GAAGCACCGCGUUCGAGACCGCGAGCGAGAGGGUGGGGUCCCCGCGCGCGCGCGCCGCCAGCCCAUUGCUAUGGACAGUGCCAUCACCCUGUGGCAGUUCCUCCUCCAGCUCCUGCAGGAGCCUCAGCACGAGCACAUGAUCUGCUGGACCUCUAACAAUGGGGAGUUCAAGCUUCUGCAGGCAGAGGAAGUGGCUCGGCUCUGGGGGAUUCGCAAGAAUAAGCCCAACAUGAAUUAUGAUAAACUCAGCCGAGCCCUGAGAUAUUACUAUGUAAAGAAUAUCAUUAAGAAAGUAAAUGGUCAGAAGUUUGUGUACAAGUUUGUCUCUUAUCCAGAGAUUUUGAAAAUGGAUCCAAUGACAGUGGGCAGGAUUGAAGGAGACUUUGAAACUUUAAACUCCAGUGAAGCCAGCAUUUCCAAAGACUCAGAGAAUGGAGGGAAAGAGAAGCCACCUCAUCCUGGUGCCAAGACCUCUAGCCGCAAUGACUAUAUCCACUCGGGUUUGUAUUCUUCCUUUACUCUCAACUCUCUGAACACCUCCAAUAAGAAGCUCUUCAAGUUAAUAAAGAUAGAGAAUCCAGCUGAGAAACUGGCAGAGAAAAAAUCUCAGGAGCCAGCACCAUCUGUCAUUAAAUUUGUAACAACACCAUCCAAAAAGCCACCCAGUGAGUCUGUUGCAGUGACUGUUUUAUCUGGCCCAAGUACCUCUCCAUCUUCUGCAGAAACUAUCCAAGUGUUAGAGACGUUGGCUUCUCCUAAACUGUCUUCUCUGGAAACCCCAGCCUCUGCAUCCACGGUGGCUGCUGCCUUUAAUCCCACACCUCCAGGCCUGUCCACACCUCUUCCUUCAAAGGAGCCUCCGAGGACACCUUCUCCACCGCUGAGCUCUAACCCAGACAUCGACACGGAUAUUGACUCAGUGGCUUCUCAGCCAAUGGAACUUCCAGAGAACGUGUCACUGGAGCCUAAAAAUGAGGAUUCAGCUUUGCCAGAAAAAGAUAAAACAAAUAAUUCAUCAAGAUCCAAGAAACCCAAGGGGUUAGAACUGGCUCCUGCCCUUGUAAUCACGGGCAGUGACCCGAGCCCCUUGGGACUCUCAAGCCCAUCGCUCCCCACAGCCUCCCUCACACCAGCACUUUUCUCACAGACACCCAUCUUGCUGACUCCUAGCCCCUUGCUCUCCAGUAUCCACUUUUGGAGUACUCUCAGCCCGUUUGCUCCCCUGAGCCCAGCCAGACUGCAAGGUGCUAACACGCUUUUCCAGUUUCCUUCUGUACUGAACAGUCAUGGACCAUUCACUUUGUCUGGCCUGGAUGGACCUUCCACGCCUGGCCCAUUUUCCCCAGACCUGCAGAAGACAUAACCCAUGUAUUUGUGGAGUGAGAGAACCGGGGAAGUCGAUGCAGAGACAAUUAGCAUGAUUGUGUUUGAAAUGAGGGAUAGGUCUGCAGUGCUCAUAAAAGACCAUUGUGAUUUUUGCAUUUAUCAUUGAGAGGCCUUUUUAGGAUUCCCUUUGAUAGAACUCAGAGUUGGACUAUGUAUGAAAAUGCCUUAAUUGGAGGUCAAACUCCACUUCUCUUUUCUUGUUUUAAAUCUUACUUUGAGCAUUGUGCUGGGUUUGGGUGGGGUUUAGCAGCUUUGCUUUGCAAGGGUGUUUGAGAGCAAAGUUACUGUCCCUGGCUGUCAGUGCCUUUUGGCCAGGGAAACAAUUAUGCUUAGAAUCUGUCAUUUAAAGAAAUAUUAGUUAAGCUGGGUAUGAGGCCUCAUGUCUUAAUCCUAGCACUUGUGAGGCUGUAGCAGGAAGAUCUCCAAUAGUUAGAAGCCAGCCUGUACUAUGUAGUGAGACCCUGUCUCAAAAAGACAAGAAAAAGAACUACUAGUUAAACAAAACUGGGCUUAUCUUUUUUUUCUUUUUUUUUCCAAGGCAGGGUCUCCCGCUAGUCCAGGUUGACCUGGAACUCACUCUGUCACCCAGGCUGGCCUCACACUCACUAUAGUGCUCCCACUACAGCCUCUUAGUGUUGGGAUUAUGGAUAUGGGCCACCAUGUUUGGCCUGGCCAUAUCUUUGUAGUCUGUAGCUUGUGCUGUUGAGUAACACUGAGCAGCAGCAGUGGGACACAGAAUCAUUGCUAUUUACACAAAGUAAGAUCAGAGUGGUACCUUGGGGAGGUUGUUUUGCUAUGAACUGUAUUACAGGUAACUUCAUAGGAAGGCAUUCUGUUUAGGCUUAUCUUGAGUGCCUCUCUGAGCCAUGUAUAUGAUCUUGUCUGAACCUGUCAGCAGGGCACAGAGCUAGUCUUAUUUUAACAUGACAAGAUUGCUAAAACUUAGGUUUAAUGUGGUUUUUGGAACAUCCAGUGAGAAUACAGUACCCUACAUCUAGCACAGAUGUGUGUUCUAUUCUCUGAGGUAUUUUUCUAUACUUGUUCAACACAGCAUGAUAAAUUACUGGUUUUUCAGGAGAGUAGAUUUGAGGUUUGAAAAUUAAGAGCAAGAGAAAGGUCAGUUGAACACCUUGAAACAACACAUGGGGCUUUUUCAUGUAGAAGAUACUUACAGUGAAGAACCCUUCUUGUUCAUUUUAUAUUAUUUCUGAUCAUUCAUAUAUAUAUGAUGUUUUCCUCUAAAUCUAAGGUUGUUAGAGGUUACAAAAAGUGAAGCUUUCUGAUCAGUGAGAUAAGAUAUGCAGCUUUCAAAAAAAUUUUUUUUAAUUAGGGAAGAUCAGAUUGUACUUGACAAUUCUCAUACAGAGGAAUUGGAUCGUUUAUAUUAAUGAUGAAAAAUAUUGGCCUUCAUCUGUAUAUAUUGUCACAUUUAUAAAAUAUAAGUAGACAGGUACAUUGAUUUCUCCAAUUGAAUACCAAUAUCACAGUUGAAUCUUGAAAAAUUUGCCUUUAAUGUCCAGAUACAAAUUAUGUGACCCUCCCCCACCUAUGUGCUGGUUACUGGCUCCAAAGGCUGAUCCAAGUGGGUGUCUUUCAUGCAGAGAGCUUCACUGUCAGUGGAGGGAAGCUCUGCACAAUAUGUGUACUGGCUUCUUGGUAGUUGAGGAAGAUGAUGAGCUCCCUUUGGAGGGGCAGCAUUGGAGACCUCUUGCUGGUUCGUUUGUGGUUAGUUACCACCUAAAAGUUCUGUUCCCAUCAUGUGCAAUAGUAGUGUUAAAAGGCAGUGUUCAUUCUAAUGGGAACAGACAUAAUGAACUUUCUUCCCAUAUUGAUUAUUUAGUUUGCAUGCUUGUUUGAAACUAGACCCCUCAGCAGCACUUUGCAAUAGUUUUAUUAGGUUAAUAUUCUGUGUAAAGUAAAUAUUGAUGGUUGGUUUAACUACAUAUUUUGAAUUCUGAAAGCACAAAAGUAUUUUGUCUUUUUGACUUAAAGGAGAAAAGCCAUUGGUUUGUUUUCACAGAUGUUAUAUUUGAUAAUCUACUGUCUCAGUACAGAGGUGCCUUGGAAGCAAGAGCACCUUUAAAACUCAUUCAGGUUAGGCAUAGUAGCACCUGCUUGUAAUUCUAGCAUUUGGGAGGUAGAGGCAGGAGGAUCAAGAAUUGAGGCUAGCCCCAACUACGUACUGAGUUUGAGGCUAACCCAAUCUACAUGAGAGAUUGUCUUAAAAAAAAAAAGAAAAAAGAGCACCGUCCUACAAAGCAGUGUUAGUCCUCUUUAUGUAAGCCUGUGGCUGAAGCCUGGUGAGGUGUGAGGCCUUCGGAAAUAGGUGAGUCUGCUUUUCUUUUGAGAUGACGAUUUGGAAAAGCAUGUACUUGCUUGUGUUGUAUAUGAGUGUAUGUGCCUUUUUUAAAGUCAAAUUUAUCACCUUAACCUUAGCACAUGAGGCAGCCAUUCUAUUUGUACAUUACCUCCUUCCUGGAAGUGUCUCCGCUUUGUAUUCAUUUAAAUACCUGCAGAAUUCUUAGCAUCAGAUGACGUAUGAUCAAAUUCCCUGGAGAGACGCCUGUGUUUUAGGCGCAGCUGGUGUGCCUUCUCAUCAGUCACCUGCCAGGGCAGAUGCCGCAUCGGUAGCCCAUGGUCGGUAAGUGAGCAGGUUGCCCAGGAGCUGAGAUAUCAUUGGUGGUAUCUAGAAUUUUCUUCUAUUCUGGUCCCUGUGUACUCUUUUUUGUGAUUGAAAAUGUUUGAUAACUUAGUUCUCUGAGGUGUUCAGGUAAGCCACCACCUUGGAAUGUGGAUAUGCAUGGUGGCUCAGCAAAUACGCCACCAUAUUUACUCCCCCUAGGUGGGUUUGCACAUCAGCUAUACUUUCUUCUUACACAUAUGUUGAUAUUUUUAAAAAUACAAAACUAAAAUGUCAUGCCUGACUUAAGUAAUCCUCCUAAUGAUUUUUCAUAGUGAUGUUGUGAUGUUACAGUCUUUGUGGCAUAUUUUGUGUUUGAACAAAGAUAGAAAUUUUUAUUGAUUAAAAAAGUAUGCAUAAUCUGAAGAGUCUAAAAGCCUUCAAAAGGCCAAACUUAAACUUUACAGAUUUCAAAUGCAAGUUUAUUUUUUUUCUCCACAUCCUGACUGACAGUUAAAAUACAGGUAUUUUUUAUUCAACUUUUUUUUCCCUCUUUUUUUUUGGGGGGGGGGCAGUUGAGG